GCCGGCCGGCCGGUUCCAUGGCGCCCCAACCGGUGCAGGGCCCCGCUGACCAACUUUCCUCUUGGGAACGGGAAAGGACCGGGAGCAGGAGGACGCGCGCCAGCUGCCCUUCCAGCCGUCGCCCGGGGCCGACCCGAGCCUGCUCAGCUCCGUGCGGGAUCUUCCCCGAAAGGACUUUUGUACCCUGCCGAGGGCGAAGUUAAGCCGAAACUUUUCCCGGUGCGGUGGCGGAUCCAGCCCUGCUCUCUGCGCUGAACUUCUACGCGGAGAGCGAAGGAGCGAGGGGCCUCCGCGCUGGCUUGUUAUGGAGUUCGCCUUUUUUCUGUUUUGUCGGGUCUUGUCCCCCGCGCGCACCUGCCUUGCUGGAACAGCGAAUCCUCCGCAGAGUUGGCAGCAACCGCUCUCGCCAUGGAAAGACUUGGGGUCCUCGGGAGGGGAAAGAAGGCUGGUCGGGGGGGCCUUGGACGUUCUCCAGGACCGCGCCACCUGUGAGUCCAGCUCUUCUUGCCUUGGAAUCAGCCGGCGGGGUUAAAGGGAAGGCAGGAGCCGCUCGCUCGGGAGGAACCGCUCGCUCUGCUUUGCGCGGCCCGUGCGCCCUGCCAUGGCCGGGUUUUGCCCUGGUCCGAGAGACACCUUGCUGAGCCUCCUGCUGUUCUUGCUGAAGGCUCCCGUUCCUGCUCCCGCUGCGUCCAAAGCCAUCGUCUGCCAGGAGAUCACCGUGCCCAUGUGCAAGGGCAUUGGCUACAACCUGACCUACAUGCCGAACCAGUUCAACCACGACACGCAAGAUGAAGCUGGCCUGGAAGUGCACCAGUUCUGGCCCCUGGUGGAGAUUCAGUGCUCCCUGGAUCUGAAAUUUUUCCUGUGCAGCAUGUACACUCCCAUCUGCUUGCUGGACUAUGCCAAGCCUCUGCCUCCCUGCCGGUCAGUGUGUGAGAGGGCCAAAGCUGGGUGCUCUCCUUUGAUGAGGCAGUACGGCUUUGCCUGGCCAGAGAGGAUGAACUGUGAUAAGCUGCCGGUUCCGGGAGACACAGAGAUGCUGUGCAUGGAUCACAACCAGACGGAAGCCACAACCUUGCCCCCGCUGUUUACCAAACCUACCCGCUCCUCCAAAGGGAUCCACAGAAACCUCACCCCCCUAACCAGUGGUGACUGCAAGAGAGUAUGUGCCUGCAAAGAGCCCUUAGUCUUCAUCUCCCAAGAAACCCACCCGCUCUACAACAAGAUUGAGACUGGCCACGUGCGCAAUUGUGCCAUUCCUUGCUUCCAGCCCUAUUUUACCCAAGAUGAGAAAACUUUUGCCACCUUCUGGAUCGGCUUGUGGUCGGUCCUUUGUUUCAUCUCCACCUUCACCACAGUGGCCACCUUUCUGAUUGACAUGGAAAGGUUCAGGUAUCCUGAGCGCCCCAUCAUCUUUUUAUCAGCCUGCUAUCUCUUUGUAUCCAUUGGCUAUAUCAUCCGGCUGAUUGUGGGUCACGCUAGCGUGGCCUGCAAUAAAGAUUACAACCACAUACACUAUGAAACCACGGGGCCUGCACUCUGCACAGUGGUCUUCCUCCUGAUCUAUUUCUUCGGCAUGGCAAGCUCCAUCUGGUGGGUGAUCUUGUCUCUUACCUGGUUUCUGGCGGCUGGGAUGAAGUGGGGGAAUGAAGCCAUUGCCAGCUACUCCCAGUAUUUUCACAUGGCAGCUUGGCUUAUCCCAAGUGUGAAGUCCAUUGCUGUCUUGGCCCUGAGCUCAGUUGAUGGGGACCCUGUAGCUGGCAUCUGUUAUGUGGGUAACCAGAAUGUGGACAAGCUGCGGGGUUUUGUCCUAGCUCCGCUGGUGGUGUACCUUUUCACUGGGACCAUGUUUCUGCUGGCCGGUUUCGUAUCCCUCUUCCGAAUUCGGAAUGUGAUUAAACAAGGGGGCACAAAGACUGACAAGCUGGAGAAGCUGAUGAUUCGCAUCGGGAUCUUCACUGUUCUUUACACUGUCCCGGCUACCAUUGUGGUGGCUUGCUACAUCUAUGAGCAGCACUACCGGGAGAAAUGGGAGAUGGCUCAGAAUUGCUCUUGCCCUGGAGACAAGUCCAGACUGAAGCCUGAUUAUGCUGUUUUCAUGCUCAAGUACUUCAUGUGCCUGGUGGUGGGCAUCACCUCUGGGGUUUGGAUUUGGUCAGGCAAGACUUUGGAGUCUUGGAAGCAGUUCACAGGUAGAUGUUGCAGGGGAGGGAAGCCCGUGAGCGCCACCAUGUACAGUGAAGCCAACAUAGCGCUGACAGCAAGGACUGGGCUUCCCAGUUCUGCUUCAUACCACAAACAAGUCCCCCUGUCCCAUGUGUGAAAAAGCAUCUUGUUUGGCCAGUUGGGGGACAGGUAAGCACUAUUCAUCCCAGGGCCCAACUGGAACCUUUGCUCCUUGUGGAACUCCUGGGCUUGCCUCCGGUCUAAGAGAGGGGAGAGGAGGUGGGUCAUGCACAGGCGAGCGAGAAGAUCUUGCCUUUGGCCAAGGGUUGAGAUUGCAGAGUUGGUAGAAAGCCCCUUGUGUAAGGUGUGUGUAGAGUCAAACUAUGUGCGACAGGAAUUGGGUAAAUCUGUCUCCUGACAGGGCUUGGGUUUUGCUUUCUGAUAAUGAAAAAAUUCCUUGGAGGCUGCAAGGGAGAGUGAAAGUACAGCAGCGGGGAGGAUGAGGUUCUUAAUUCUUUCUCUUCAAAGUGCUUUAUUCAAAAUUUAACUCCAGCUCUUUUUCGCCCUGUCCUUUUUGUCCACUGUGAGAAAAGCAGCUCGAGUUGAACCGAUUACUAACAACAAGCAACCUGAAGUUCAAGCAGUUCCUGAGUUCCUUUUGGCAACUAUCCUUUUGAGCAAGCAAACAGUGCAGGCGUGAACGUGUAUGUUUACUCAGAAGCAAAUCCUGUCGCCUUCAUGGGACUUAAUCCCAAGUCAGAGAAGAUAGGUCUCCACAUAAUACCUAGUUUGACUCUCAUAGGCAUCUGCUAGUUACUUUGAGAAAUGAUCGCGCCGUCAGUCAUUGUUCAUCCAUUAUGUUCUAGUAAUGUGGUCUUAAUCUCUAUUGAAGCUACAGAUUCAGAUUGAAAAAAACAAAUGGAAUCCGUUUGAAGGGGAAGACCUACUGUGAAAUGUUCAGUUGUGACAUUAAGACUCAUCAGAGUCCAGUUUCAGGUUUUAGUUUUAGCUGGCAUUAAAUCUAUCCUCAUCCUUUUUUAUCCAGAUCUUUGCCAGAUCAAAUGUCAGACAGUCACUUAAAACAUGGAGGUGAGUGUUUUUCCUGGGCUGCUGAUUUCCAAAUGAUAAUAGGAAAGGCAACCUAAGAUUCCAAGCCCCAUUACUUACAGAUCCUGCACACGCCUUGCUCACAGCCCUUGUUGUUCUCUUUGCAAAGGGAAAUAUGUGUGGCUUUUAAUGGUCACAGUCUGGCAAUUACUACUGCAACCAUAUGCAUGUUCUUAACUUAGCAAGUGUUUGAAUGCAGUCCUGCUUUCUUUGGAGUAGACACAGGGCAAUAUAUGCGGUGUAAAAUCUUACAAAUGAAAGCUUAUUCACGCUUGACAGUGAGGGAUGCAAGCAGCAUCUGGCAGGAGAUAAGCAGCUUGUUUGAUGCUUUGCUGAGUGCAGUGGGAAUUAGUUGCAAGUAAAUUGGCAGCAGCACAGCCUUUAGACAGGAGAGGCAUUUCCACUUCCUGUUUGCCACUGAUUGGUACAAAGUUCUGUGCUGCUCAGUGUUAACGUUUGGCUGUCAGGCAGGGACAGAGAGAGCAGUUCGCUAUCCCUUCCCCACUCCACCCUUAGAAAGCAGGACCACUAGUUCAUCCUUGAAGACUGAAAGAUCUGCAGGCAGGGGUCAUUCUGAUCUCACUUUCUAGAGAUCAUAUCCCCAAGCAGUUUGUAACUCUUCUGAAGUUGCCAUCUCUUAACUAAUAUGAAACAGUAUUAGCUGCAGCAAUAAACAGCUGGGAGAAAAGUCCCUCUUUCAUUUCCAAAUGUUAGCACUUUAAGUAUACACGGAGUAUACUGCAUAGCCUUGGAGAGUAGAUAGCAAGCGUUUCCUUUUUUAAAUAGGCCAUUAUUUCUAAGGAUGGUUUAUACCUCAUGCCUGUGGUUCGACAUAACUCUUCACAAGUUUCACUCUUUCCCUGUCCAUUGAGGCUGUAUUUUUAUGCAAGCUGACUACAGAAGUCUAAUUGAAUUCAGUGAGGCUUACUUCUGAGUAGACAUACAUACGGUGCUAGAAAUGCUUGACAUGGGCUGAUUAACAUUCCCAAUUCUUGAGAAAAAGAUUAGAAACACCCCAGAUUUUCUUUCUAAAGUUGCCAAUAUUUCAUUGGUGAAGUAGCCUUGCUUUUUUUAAAAAAAGCAUUGAUUAUUAAUAGUCACCCUGCACUUUAAAGCUUUCACCUGAACCUUCCUUCCAAGGAGCUCUGCUGUUUUCCAAGAGUUUUUGUCUCAGCAAGUCAACAUAGUCUGCCACCCCAGGUCUCUAUGGCCAGUGCACUUGGCUUGUGCGCUGAGGAGAGAAAGGGACCUGUGGCCUCUAGGGGAAGACUCACCACACAGUGUCUCCUUUGCUGUUGGGAUAAUGCGGGCUGGAGGCUGCCAGAAUGAAAAUCUAGCUUUCGUUUUCCAGGAAAGCCUCAUAUGCACUCUGGCCGUGGUUAACUAAAAACAAGUGUGCCACUUGAAAAGGUCACAUCUGGUUCCUGGAGCAGAGGUUGAUGGCACUGAGGGUCAAAUGUUCAGCACAUGUCUAAAGUAGAAGGAGCCUGAAUGGAGGUUAGACCAGGAGGUUGCAGAAACCUGGCCACAGUUAUUGGGGCCUGGAUUGGAGUUAGCAAUACUUUGCCCCAUUCCUCCUGGUCUAUGGAAAGUAGCAGCAGGAGCUGCUGGGACGGAAUAUUGAUGGUCUUUGUUAAAGGUUCUACAGUUGGUCAGUUCUGUAAGUAAGAUAUGAACUAGUCCAGCUGGCUUCUCCAACUGCAAGCACUAACUCUUCCAUUGAAGCAACUGCCCAGAAGAGGAGCCCUGCUUUUUCUCAAUUGUGUGGCACUAUACAGACCACUGAGGAUGUUAUGGCAAAGCUCUUUGUGAUCUUGAGUCCAUUUCAUCAGAUGCUGUCCCACAGAUGCAGUUUAAGCUUGGGUGGACUAUAGCCUUGCAGCUGAGUAUCACUUUUCACUUACAUGAUGAACCGGACUCUAAGCCAUAGAAGCUUAUACAAGGUUCUUUUUUUGUUUUUUUCCUUUAAGAUUGCCUAAGAUUCAUAUGGCUCCUAUUUCACUGAAUAAUUUAACAGAUCUUUAAUGCAACCCAAACAAUUACUGAUAAAACAGUUACAGGGUUUUUGAGGAUUACUUGGGUUAUAGAAUGGUAAUCUUAAAGACUAAUGUAAUUGGAGCCUAGAUGCUGCUUCCUAAGCUAGAAAUGGCCCCAGAUUUCUCAGGCAAGGGGCUGACUCUGAAGGAGCUUUCCAUAGGCAGGGUUAGCGACUUUAAGUGCUUGCAGGAUUGAUAUCUCUUAUUAUGCUCCUGGGAAGAUCCCAACUUGGAUUAAAUUGCAGCAAUUCUGUCAGCUACGUUGAACUCUAGCAACUUGCCUUCAGCCACCUUGUUGAGUGUCAUACCUGAAGAAGGAAUUCUUAAUCUAGUGCUGCUUUCGCUGAUUUCAUAGCACAUAUGCCUUCCUCACUUCAUGCAAUGCUGUUUUCACUUCUCUGUUUAACAAAUUAAGCCUGGGUUAUGAGGGAUAAGUCAAAGAUCCUGCCUUGAAGGCAGAUAAAUAAUUUUUUUUUGGCUUCUUCCAGCCCAUAGUUCUGACAUUGUGGUGCCUACUCACCAGUGCACAACAGAAAAAGAUGUAGAACGCACAGGGCCUGAAUGUUUAGUAUUGAAUGGAGAACCGUUCUAGGCCAUACUGCACUGAAAAUGCAUAGAGGUGACAUUUGACUUCAGCUCUUAUGAUACAAGUCCUGGCUGCCUGGUCCUGGCAUAUUUGAUAGACUGCCCCAUUCAGUUUAAAAACAGGACUAUGUUGAACCCAUCACCUCUGUGUUUUCUGAAUUUUUAUCUGUAUUCAAUAGGUUGAAUUUUCAAGAAAGAUUCUGUAGAGCAGUGUCACUAAUUAAAUAACUGGGAGAGUUUCAUCUUUAGGCUUUCUGAUUUUCUUCACUAAGAAAGAAUCAGUUUUGAAUAGCACAGCUUUGUUCACCUUGACAGAUAGUCCUAAAACUUGAUAGUACUAAAUAUUUACAUCAUAUAUAGAGUUGCAUCAGGCAGUUCUAGAUUAAAAACACACUAAACUUUAUUGGUUACUUUUUGUCAUGACUAGAUUGGAAAUGCUUUAAUCAACUCUACUCCAUUAUUCAGAUUCAUUUCCUACUUAAUGGAAAUGUAUAGCAGAGAAGAUGCUUUCUUAGAACAUAUACUUUGAAUUCACUGUCCUUUCUUAGGUAGGAAAGGCUCCAGCUUAACAAUUCUUGAGUGGUAUAUUAAUUUCAUACUUAAAGAAAAUCAGAAUCCACUCUCAUAGCCAAAAUUAUGACUGGAAUAAUAUUUACUUGAUUUAAAAUAACAAAAUUCAUUUGUUUUACCCACUAGUUGUUUGGUGUGUCAACCAAAAUUCAGACAUUUGAGAAAUCUGGAAUUUCAUCUGGAAUGACUUGUUGAUA